GUGUGCAUCGCACCCACUCUGUCUCUCUCCAUCUCCUCUGCUCUCUCUUCGGGGGCCCCUGUCAAUCUUUUACUCCAGCAUCCACCAGGGCUUCUUCUUCUCUUCAGCUCUCCUUUCUUCCUCUCCAGCUGUGGAAACAAUGGCCACGCCGAGCCUGCUCCUCACUUUAUCCGUGUGGCUUCUGGCUGCGAGCCUCUUAGCGGAGGCGACUUACUACCGGCACCACCGCUACGUCCCCCACUUCUACCGCUACCGUGAGCACUCCGCCAACACGGAAAACCUCCUCCCUGAGGUCUCGAACCCGGUGCCUGAAGUAUCGCAACCCGGCGUCCCGACCUACCCCGAUAUCCCCGAGGUGUUCCACCCGGUACCUGAAGUCAUCCACCCCAUUCCAGAAGCUUUCCACCCGGUGCCCGAAGUCGUGCAUCCUGCACCUGAGCCUUACCAUCCACCUGAUGUCUACCAGCCGGUGCCUGAAGCCUCCUCCCCUCUCAACAUGAACCGGGUUUUCUACGGGAUCAUGUUUGACGCCGGGAGCACAGGCAGCAGGAUCCACAUCUACAAGUUCAUCCAGAAAGACCCUGUUGAGCUGCCAGUUCUGGACCAUGAACUGUACCAUGCAGUAAAACCUGGGCUGUCUGCUUAUAAGGACAACCCUGAAGAGGGUGGCAACACCAUCCGACAGUUGCUGAAGAUUGCCAAGAAGACAGUGCCAGAGGAGGAUUGGAGGAGGACACCGGUGGUCCUGAAGGCCACGGCGGGUCUCCGUCUGCUGCCUGAAGACAAGGCCAACGCUCUUCUUAAGGAGGUUCGAGAGGUAUUUGACGAGUCCCCUUUCUUUGUGCCAAACAACAGUGUUUCCAUCAUGAAUGGGGCAAAAGAAGGAGUCCUUGCCUGGGUCACAGUGAACUUCCUUACAGGUCACUUGUACUCCAACACAAAGAGGACAGUUGGCAUCCUGGAUUUGGGCGGAGGAUCUACACAGAUCACAUUCCUGCCCAAGUCAAAGAAAACUAUUCAGUCUGCUCCUGCCAGCUACAUUGCCAAAUUUAACCUCUUCAACUAUACAUAUCAACUCUACACACACAGCUACCUUGGAAAUGGACUGUAUGCGGCCCGACUUGCAACUCUUGGAGCACUAGGAGCUGAUGGUCUAGAUUGGAAAGUCUUCACUAGUUCCUGCCUCCCGAAAAAGUUCAGAGAAGAUUGGACUUUUGGAGGAACCACCUACAAAGUUAGCGGGAUUCCAGACGGCUACGCAGGCUAUAAGCUGUGCUACUAUGAGGUGAUGAAGGUAAUCAAAGGAAUAGUGCACCAGCCCUAUGAGGUGAAGGGCAGCAGCAUCUUCUACGCUUUCUCCUACUACUAUGACAGAGCUGUGGAUUCUGGCCUCAUUGAUGGCAGUCGCGGUGGUGCGCUUGAAGUCAGGGAUUUUAAGAAGCGAGCCAAGGAAGUGUGCAACAAAAUGACCAAAUACCGUGCUAUCAGCCCCUUCCUCUGCAUGGAUAUGACAUAUAUCACUUGUCUGUUAAAGGAGGGUUUCGGCUUCAAGGACAGCACUGUGCUGCAGCUAGCCAAGAAGGUGAACAACGUGGAGACAAGCUGGGCCCUGGGGGCAACCUUUGACUACUUCAGAAACCUCGACAUCCACUAAGGACAGCUCGCUGUCACUGCAGCCGGCACUGAGAGGGACAGUCUGUCACUGCAGGGCUUCCCUGACCCCCCCCCCACGAUCAGCCCGCCCCCUUACAGACACAUCCGGUCCCACCAUGCUUCUCGCCCACCACGCCCCUCCUCUUUUUCCUCAACCUCAGCACCCUGCGUACACUCCGAAAACUGUUGAAAAAAGAAAUCACUAUAUUUUUAUAAGGCCAGCUAUUUCUACUGUAUGUUGAGCUCACAACUGGUGGGCUGACUUUAUUUUUUUGUAAAACGUUUACAUUUUUGAUUUCUUAUGGGUGUCUGAAAUGUCUUUCUCACCUACACUUAAGUGUGUUGAUGGUAGUUUAGAAGCAAUACAAUCAGUCAUGGUAUUUUGGUGCUUACUGUGGUCCUGGUUUGCACUGUACAGUGCAGCCAUAGUUGUCUUUCUAAAUGCUUGUAAAUCAAUAGUUUUUUCUAACAGUAAAUUAUUUCACCCUAAUUAAUUUGGCCCCAGCCUUAGACAGCCAUUCAGCUUCAUUUCUUCAACUUUGCACAUAACACUUUAAUUGUAGAUAUUGUAGCUUAGACAUGAUCAGUUGCUUUGAUGUUUUGACUAAAGACUUGUGUCGGCUUCACCACGACUGAGGGGGCAAAGAGAGUGCUUUAGAGCGAUGCCUCUUAUAGACUGUGUAGUACAGCUGUUACAUGUUUGAGGUUAAUGUCUGUAUUUUUAAAGUUCAGCCAUUAUUGCUUGUUUUGUCUAGAGUGGAAAAGACCUUAUCAAGCAUAGCUAAAUUGCAGGGGCCCCACGUCUGAACUGCAUUUUAGACUAGCAACAGAAAAACCUCUCAUCAAGGGUAGAUAGUUCAUCCAUCAUCACAAUUUACAGCCACUAAAUACAGCAAAAAAUGUAAACAGAAAUUAAGCAAAAUGACUCCUUCAUUUGUUGCUGUUUGCUCAAAAACAUGAUUGAAUUCUGUCAUUUGUCUUGUUAAGUGUACAGAUAUUUAACUAACUUUAUCUAAUAUAGAAUAUUUGAAUUAUCCUCACCCAAUAUUAACUCUUGAACUUUCUGUGUAACUGCUCUUUAAGCCGUGCCUUUGCUGUCUUUUCAGAAUUCAACAUGUUCAAUAACUACUGCUGUAUAUACAAAAUAUAAACUUUUAUUAGUAAACUCUUUUGACAGGAACUGCUUUUACAUUUCAAAAACUUCCUGCUACACAAUCAGAAAUGUUUCUAUGUUCAUCAGUAUGAAUAACCUGAAAACUGACAAUAUGUAAAGUGUUGUUUUUAUUAAAUCCAGUGAAAUAAGUGUAUGUUUUAAUAAAACAUGAAAACAUG